AUUUCACUCGCCCCAUCGAAGAGCUGGAUCUCUCUCUCUCUCUCUCCAGAGAAACCCUCGAAGCGAUUUGUUUUUUGGUUCCUCUCCACCCUUGAAUCUCAAGCCCAUUUCAGCUGUGUACACAUGGCUGAAGCCGAACCUCAGCAGGGCUUCGUUGAGCACAAUGGGGAUCAGGUGCCCGAUGAAGGAUUGGAUCAGGUGCAUAAUGGGAUACAGUACCAGAUGCAUGAUCAGACCUUUGGCCACCAACCAUACGAGGUUCAAGAUCAGACUCUUGAACCACAGCAGUAUGAGGAUCAAGAUCAGUUAGAUUACCAACAAUACCAGGUGAAGGAUCAGGCUCCUGAAGAAGUACAAGAUCAGUCACAGGAUCAGUUGCAGUAUCAGCCACAAGAUCAAGAGCAGUAUCCGUUGCAAGAUCAAACUGAAGAUCAGGCGGAGUAUCAGGUGGAAGGUGAAGCACAAGAUCAGGCUGGCGACCAAGUGCAAGAUGAAGUGGCGGAUCAGGAAGGCAUUCCUGAGCACGUCGAGUUUGAGCGGAGAUCAGAGCAUGAUGGUGGGUCAGUAGUUGGGGGUGAGGAGAAGAGGUGGCCUGGAUGGCCUGGAGAGACUGUGUUUCGCAUGUUGGUUCCUGCACAGAAAGUUGGCAGCAUCAUUGGGCGUAAAGGGGAUGUCAUUAAGAAAAUAGUUGAGGAGACACGGGCUCGGAUUAAGAUUCUGGAUGGUCCUCCUGGCACAACAGAAAGAGCUGUUAUGGUCUCUGCUAAAGAAGAACCCGAUUCGUCAUUACCUCCAGCAAUGGAUGGCCUUUUGAGAGUCCACAGAAGGAUUGUUGAUGGUUUGGAUGGUGAUCCUUCUCAAGCCCCACCACCUUCUAAGGUCUCAACAAGGCUACUAGUCCCAGCAGCUCAGGCUGGAAGUUUGAUAGGGAAACAGGGAGCAACCGUUAAAGCUAUUCAAGAAGCUUCUGGUUGUGUUGUCAGAGUUCUUGGUUCAGAGGAUUUGCCUGUCUUUGCUCUUCAAGACGAUAGGGUGGUUGAAGUUGUGGGCGAACCAUCAAGCGUGCAUAAAGCCCUGGAGCUGAUCGGAUUGCAUCUCCGAAAGUUUUUGGUGGAUCGUAGCAUUAUCCCAUUGUUCGAAAAUCAGAUGCAGAAGCCGACACGGCAGAUGGAUCAUAUGCCUCAGCACCAGCCGUGGGGUCCACCUCAAGGUCCUCCUUUGAAUGCUGGUGGGGGUCCAGGUGGUUAUGGGCACAACCCUCCUCCGUAUAUGCCACCGCCUCCGAGGCACGUUGACAAUUACUACCCUCCCGAAAUGCGACCUCCUCCUAUGGAGAAACAGCCUCAUCAAGGUAUAUCUGCGUACGGAAGGGAGCCUCCAAUGAAUGUGCAUGUUUCAUCAGCACCCUCUAUGGUCACUCAGCAGGUGACACAGCAAAUGCAGAUUCCCCUCUCGUACGCUGACGCAGUUAUCGGGACAUCAGGUUCAAGCAUAAGCUACAUAAGACGGGCGAGUGGAGCAACAGUAACCAUUCAGGAAACAAGGGGAGUGCCUGGUGAAAUGACCGUUGAGAUCAGCGGUACUGCUUCACAAGUUCAAACCGCUCAGCAGCUUGUCCAGAAUUUCAUGGCGGAAGCAGGAGCGUCAGCGCAAGCACAGCAGCCAGCUGUGACGGCAGAGCAAGCUUAUAAUCCAUACGCCACCCACAGCUCCGUUUACGCAUCUCCGGCCACAAACCCUCCACCCGGUGGCUAUGCUCCUGAUUAUGGCUCUGGCUACGGCUACUAAUAAUAAUGAUAAACAGACUUUCUUUUCAGAGGAACCGUAGGCGUGGCUGUAGUAAUCGUUUUUUAAUGUCAGAAACAGAAACCCAAAUCCACCGGUUUAGGGUUUUUGUGUAUCUGCUUUGCUUUCUGUGUCUUUCAUGGGGAUAGGAGAAGAACCCAUUUGUUAGGAGGAUGUCCAUCGGAUCCCUUUGUUUUUCUCGUCAUAAUCAUUUUCUAUCAGAGCAUAUGUUUCUUUA